UUUGACCUAUCAAUCAAUAUCAACAAACCUUUCAAGUUUGAACUUGAACCUUUGUACUCCACUUCACCGACCAAAGAGGCUUCUCCCGUGAUCAAUGGAGGAAACCGGAGAAUGCUCUUCUUCAACUUCAGCAAAGCACUUAGAUGAAAUUUGGGCCAAACUUGUUCCAUCAGACGAGAGAUAUUCAGAUGUGGAGAUAAGGUCAGAUGAAAAAGUAAUAUCUUCAGAGAUAUCAGCUAAUUCUAGUGACAAACAUAGCUGGUGCAAAAUAGUACGGAAUCCUGACCUAUGUUCGGCCACAAUGGAGAACAAGAGUCAAGAUACAAUUCUUGUUGAUGGGGCUGUGAUACACAGUGAUGACACCAUUGUCAUUAAGGAUGGAAGCCAAAUUAUCCCAGGUCCUGAUAGGGAAGGAUUUGUCAGCUACAAAUUUCAUAUAAUGUCUAGCCCAGAUGGCUCCCAGAGGCAGCUAAAGGUUGGUAUUGUCUAAUAUUGCUG